AUGGGCCUUUGUCAAAGUGAAGAAGUAAAGAAACUGAAGGAAAGAAGUAAAGUGAUUGAUCGUGAAAUCGUUGAAUGUGCGAUCGAAAAUGCCAACGCUAUUAAACUGUUAUUACUUGGUGCUGGUGAUUCUGGCAAGAGCACAUUGCUAAAGCAAAUGAGGAUUUUGCACAGUAGUGGCUUUACGCAGGAUGAACUGAUGAAACAACGUUUGGUUGUAUUCGAGAAUGUAAUCGGUGCAAUGGAUGUUAUCUUACGAGCUAUGAAAAAUUACGGCGUUAAAUUCAGCGAUCCAGCCAAAAAGACUAAUUCAGCUGUCAUUGCUCAAGCGAUUAACACAGAAUUAAAAUCAAUAACUAAUGAGAUUGCAACUGCAAUUAAGAAUCUAUGGCAUGAUCCUGCCAUUCAGGAUAUUUGUGAAAGGCGAAAUGAUUUUCAUUUGCAUGAGUCUGCCAAACAUUUCUUGGACAAUAUUGAUCGGAUAGCAGCGGUAGAUUAUGAACCGAGUGAGCAAGAUAUACUGUUAACCAGAAUAAAAACGACUGGAAUUGUGGGAAUUCAUUUUAUUAUUAGAAAUAUCCGAUUCAGAGUAUUUGAAGUGGGCGGACAACGGUCAGAGCGGAAGAAGUGGAUUCAUUGUUUUGAUGAUGUCAACGCUGUUAUAUAUGUUGCAGCUAUUAGCGAAUAUGCCGAAGUUUUAUUCGAAGAUGAUACUACUAAUCGUAUGGUAGAAAGCAUGCUUUUAUUUGAAACGAUAUGCAACAGUCGAUGGUUUAUUAAUACUUCCAUUAUUUUAUUCUUGAAUAAAAAAGAUUUGUUUGUUGAAAAACUCAAAUCGCAAUCAAUCAAGAUAGCCUUUCCUCAGUAUAACGGUCCUGAAACAUAUGAGGACUCGAUAGCUUUUAUAAGGGAAAGUUUUGAAGCAUUAAAUGCUAAUCCGGAAAAAGUGAUUUAUGUGCAUCAAACUUGUGCCACUGAUACCAAUCAGGUUCAAAUGAUUUUAGGUAGUGUCAUCGUUAUGGUGAUUGAAAAAAAUUUGAAGCGAGUUGGCAUGUUUCAAAGUAUUGUUAAGCAUACUUAA